AAGGCCGCAUCCACCUGCUGACUGGCGCCCUGCCUCUCCUCUCAGUCAGAAGCUCCAACUUUCCAGCGGAGCGCACGUCGGACCUCCUUUACGCGGGGACUUUAAUCUUUUAUCUCCUCUUCUUUCUCUUUUCCUUCCACGAGAUGUUGACCCAGCUCGUGCGACAUGCAUUCUCCGCGCGCUGUCGCGCAGUGAUGAAUUAGAGGCACGCAUACUUUUAAAUUGCUCUCAUAACUCCGGGUCCGAAGCGCACGCUCUGUAUGUGGCGCGCAGGUACGGACCCCCUGCCGCACCCCGCCCCUCCGAGGAAAACACGGACUGUGGAUUUUCUCUUUUUAUUGAUUUCAGCUUAAAGAGAAAGGAGGAUCGAUCAGUUGGAAUUGGGUUUAUCAGCAGCUGGGAGGUUGGAUCAGAACUUGUUCUCGGAAAGCUGAAGAUUUAAAAAGAGAAAUCGGGAGUUUGUUUGGCGAUUGGUCCAACAUGAAGCUGGACGGUGUGCGGACGAGCCUCGUCCUUCUUGCUCUGUCCACGCUGGUUUGUGGGAAUCAAAUGAGCAACGAUGCGCUUGCUGCUCCCAGAGUCUUCGUCUCCUUUAAAGAGCUGAGGUCCACUGGUACCGCUCAUCACUUUGCCUACCUCCUAAAUGCAUCCGACUAUCGGAUCCUCCGAAUGGACGAGGACCAUGAUCGCAUGUAUGUUGGCAGCAAGGACCACAUCCUGUCCCUGGACCUCCACGACAUCAACAACAGCCCACAUAUUAUCCACUGGCCAGUUUCUGAACGAAGGAGGAUGGAAUGUCUUGUGAGCGGGAAGGAUUCCAAUGAGGAGUGUGCAAACUUCAUCCGCCUCGUAGAGCCGUGGAACCGGACUCAUCUGUACAUCUGUGGAACGGGAGCCUACAACCCAGUUUGUACCUUUGUCAACCGCGGACGCAAGCCUCAGACAUCCAUGUAUCUGCAGAUGGCCCAGGCCAGAGGAAGGGCUAGCCGCGCGGCCGAACCCAGCGCGGUGCACGAAGCACUUGGACUAAAGGAAGAAAUCUUCCACUUGGAACCAGGAAGAGUGGAGUCUGGGAAGGGAAAGUGCUCCUACGACCCGAAGCUCAACAGCGUGUCUGCUUUGAUUAAUGGUGAGCUGUACGCUGGGGUCUAUGUCGACUUCAUGGGAACAGACUCUGCUAUUUUCCGGACUUUGGGAACAAAGACAGCCAUGCGAACGGAUCAGUACAACUCCAGAUGGUUGAAUGACCCCACCUUCAUUCACGUGCAGCUCAUCCCAGACAGCGCUGAGAGAAAUGAUGACAAGCUCUAUUUCUUCUUCCGGGAAAAGUCCUCAGAGAUGGGCCAGACCCCUGUGACCCAGUCCCGGAUUGGACGCAUCUGCCUGAAUGAUGAUGGGGGUCACUGUUGUCUGGUGAACAAGUGGAGCACCUUCCUAAAGGCCAGGCUCAUCUGCUCGGUGCCCGGGGCUGACGGCAUGGAAACACACUUUGAUGAGCUCCGAGAGGUAUACGUCCAGCCAGCUCAGGAUACUAAGAAUCCUGUGAUAUAUGGAGUCUUCACUGUCUCUGGCUCUGUGUUUAAAGGCUCUGCAGUGUGUGUGUACUCCAUGGCUGACAUCCGCAUGGUCUUCAACGGACCCUUUGCUCAUAAGGAAGGCCCCAAUUACCAGUGGGUGGCCUACACUGGAAAGAUCCCGUACCCUCGGCCCGGCACGUGCCCUGGAGGUACAUUCACCCCCAGCAUGAAGUCCACAAAGGACUAUCCAGAUGAAGUGAUUAACUUCAUGAGGAAUCACCCCGCCAUGCACAAUGCUGUGUACCCAGUACACAAGCGCCCCCUGGUGGUUCGGACCAACGUGGACUAUGAAUUCACCACUAUCUCAGUGGACCAGGUGACGGCUGCAGACGGCAACUAUGAAGUGCUUUUUUUAGGAACUGACAAGGGGACAGUUCAGAAGGUCAUCGUGCUGCCCAGAGAUGACCUGCAGACGGAAGAGCUGGUGCUGGAGGAGGUUGAGGUUUUCAAGGUCCCUACUCCAAUAACCACGAUGAAGAUCUCGUCCAAACGGCAACAGCUGUACGUAUCUUCUGACAUCGGGCUGACCCAGAUGGCUCUUCACCGCUGCGAUGUGUACGGCGAGGCCUGCGCUGACUGCUGCCUGGCCCGAGAUCCCUACUGCGCCUGGGACGGCAAGUCCUGCUCCCGGUACUCAGCCUCACAGAAGAGGCAAUACUGGUCUGACCCCUUUAGACGUAGCCGGAGGCAGGACGUCCGGUACGGGAACCCCAUCCGCCAGUGCCGAGGCUUUAACUCGAACGCUAAUAAGAACACUUUGGAGAUGGUGCAGUACGGGGUGGAGGGAAGCAGCACCUUCCUGGAGUGUCAGGCACGCUCUCCACAUGCUAUCAUCAAAUGGCAUCUGCAGAGAGACAACAGUGACCGCAGGAAAGAGAUGCGUUCUGAUGGUCGGGUUCUGAAGACAGACCAGGGUCUGCUCAUGCGUUCUCUUCAGCCCUUGGACUCUGGCAUGUACCAGUGCACGGCCACGGAGAAAAAUUUCAAACACACGCUUGUAAAGCUGCAGUUGGUGGUGCUGUCGGGCCGCGCCAUCAACAACGCGCUGGUGGACGGAGGAGCAGGGGUUCUGGUGCCGUCAUCUCUCCACUCCGGCAGCACCCAGUGGACACCCAGCGCAGGCCAGUACAAGGACUUGCUGACCAUCCUGAGCCAGCCAGAGAUGAGCCUGAUCAAUCAGUACUGCCAGGAUUACUGGCAGUUCGGAGACCCGCUGCUCGGUGCCCUCAAGGCCAAAGACCUGAAAGAGCUCAAAGAGCAGAAGAAGCCUCGCAACCGCCGGCACCACAGGGAUGAGGAGGAGGAGGAGGGGCAGGAGGAAGAGGAGCAGCAGGGAGCUGAGACAUGAGGAAACUGACUUUGUGUUUGAAACGUCUUCAACACAGUCCUCCCCCCACACUCCCUCCUCCCUGAGAAAAAUGGGAGAGACUCAAUGAGAAAAGCUACAUGAAAAAAAAUCAUCAACAAACUGGAGAAAACAAUUCUAAGAAAACCUCAAACUCAGAAAAAGAGGCUUCCAAACAGCCCCCUCAUAAAGCCCCCCCCCC